AUGGCUUCCACAGACACGACUCGUGGCCCACGACCAGGAGAACAAGAUGGUCGAGAAUACAACUUUACCACCAAGGAAGCAUUCUUGAAGCUCGUUGACGAGGGAGGGUUCAUUGAACAUGCCCAAUUCGGCGGCAACCAUUAUGGAACCAGUAUCGCGGCUGUAAAGCAUGUUGCAGACCAAGGAAGGAUAUGCGUGCUGGAUAUUGAGAUGGAGGGCGUGAAACAAGUGAAGCGCACCGACCUCAAUGCCCGAUUCCUCUUCCUUUCUCCACCUUCCCUCGAAGAACUGGAAAGCCGUCUACGUGGACGCGGUACCGAGACUGAGGAAAGCUUACAAAAGCGACUUGCCCAAGCUAAGGUUGAGCUGGAGUACGCAAAGGAACCUGGCGCGCAUGACAAGAUCGUUGUUAACGACGAGCUCGAUGCAGCAUAUCUCGAGCUAAGGGAGUGGGUUGCAGACGGCGGGAAAUUCGGCUCGCAGUAA